AUGCUUUGCGCGGGAGUUGUCACCGCUGUGACUCCCUCCCGGGGUGCGCCGCCAUCUCUUUCGUACAUCGGCGGCCCUGCCGACAUUGCCCGUGCCCUCUCCCAUAAUUACACUGCCAUGAUGCCACUUCCUCCACCACGCCAUCAAGCUUUCCUUGCUUGCUUGCUUGCUUGGUUGCGCGGCCCAACAACAAGGAACAUCAUGUCAUACCUCGGCCCCAAUGGGCAUCGCACCCGAAUCAAGAGGCACUUGAUUGCGGCGAGCCGUGAAGGAUUUCGCAUCAUGAACCCUGUCCUAACUUGCCGCGUCCCGGCGCGUUCUCAACGAUUUCGAUCCCCGGUUGCGAUUAGCUAG